GCAACCGGAAACUCGCGGUGAAACGUCAAAGCCGCUGUCAACCCGCGACAGCUUCACUCUUUCCGGCAUUAAUUCGCUACUAGUGAGCACACAUUUCUGUGAGCGCUAGUUAGUUUAACACCGUCAAAAUGGGAAGACGUCCCGCAAGAUGUUAUCGCUACUGUAAGAACAAGCCCUACCCCAAGUCACGGUUCUGCCGUGGUGUCCCAGACCCGAAGAUCCGUAUCUUCGAUCUUGGUCGCAAGAAGGCCUACGUCGAAGACUUCCCGCUGUGCGUCCAUUUGGUGUCCGAUGAGUACGAACAGCUGAGCUCGGAAGCCCUGGAAGCAGGACGUAUUUGCUGCAACAAGUACUUGGUCAAGUUCUGCGGCAAGGAUCAGUUCCAUAUCCGCAUGCGUCUGCAUCCGUUCCACGUCAUCCGCAUCAACAAGAUGUUGUCGUGCGCCGGAGCUGAUAGACUCCAAACUGGAAUGCGUGGUGCCUUCGGUAAGCCCCAGGGAACCGUUGCCCGUGUCCGUAUCGGUCAGCCAAUCAUGUCGGUGCGCUCUAGCGACCGCUACAAGGCGCAGGUCAUCGAGGCCCUCCGUCGUGCGAAGUUCAAGUUCCCCGGUCGUCAGAAGAUCUUCGUCUCCAAGAAGUGGGGCUUCACCAAGUACGACCGCGACGAGUACCUGAAGCACCAGGAGGAAGGCCGUCUGGUUACGGAUGGUUGCGGUGUCCAGUUCAAGAACGAUCACGGACCACUGGCCAAGUGGGAACAGCACCAGCGUAACCGUCUGAAGGCCUAAGACACUCUUUCCAGCCGUAAGCCCGAAAGAGAAGGAAGAACCGAAACGUUUGCGGUAACCCGGAAGACCAGCUAAGGGUUGUUCUGUGUAUUUUUUUUUGUACGCUAAGGACUGAGAAUGUGCGUGAAGAAGGAAAAUGUUCGAAAUGGAGAAAAUAAGUCCACAAAAUAAAUGGAGGAUCCGUAUUUUGCUGGCAAAA